GGAUAUAUAUAUGCUCGCUUGAAUGUUCAGCUGUCAGUAAACAAUCUGUGUUGGCUUCUGGCAGUCUGGCGGUGAGUGUCGCGGCCAGGGAACAUGGCCAGCCCCAGGACGAGGCGAGCUUUGGCGGAGAUCAAGCCAAGAGAUGAAAAUAGUCAAUGCUUUGAGUGUGGAACCCACAACCCGCAAUGGGCAUCAGUUACCUAUGGCAUUUGGAUCUGCCUGGAGUGUUCAGGAAAGCACCGUGGCCUUGGGGUUCACCUCUCAUUUGUGCGCUCCAUCACCAUGGACAAGUGGAAAGACAAUGAGCUGGAGAAGAUGAAGGUUGGAGGGAACAGGAGAGCCAAAGAGUUCCUGAAGAGCCAGCCUGACUAUGACCAUUAUGCACCCCUGCAGCAGAAGUAUAAUACAAAGGCAGCUGCUUUGUACAGAGAUAAGAUCUCAGCAAUGGCACAAGGCAAACCAUGGAGUAUAGAGAGUGCAUCAGCUGCUGUCCGCAACACACCGAGCAUCCCCAAGUCUACCUCAACGCCUGCUUUCAAGUCCUCUGGGCAGAACAUGUAUGCUUCUAGUGGAGGGGGAGGGUACCAGGACAUGCAGUUUGGAGGGUACCAGAGUGGUGGUGGCUACCAGGACCCAGGCAUCAAAAACCAGACUGAGGCCUUCUUUAGCAGGAUUCAGGAGGAAAAUGCUUCCCGUCCUGAUGGUUUGCCGCCAUCCCAAGGAGGCCGCUAUUCAGGCUUUGGCAACUGUCCCAACCCUCCCCCAAAGAGUGCUUCCACUGAGUUCUUUGACACUGCUGUGUCUUCUCUGUCCUCGGGGUGGUCAUUGCUGUCACUAGGAGCCAGUAAAGUAGCAGGGAAGGCUGUGGAAUACUCUGCCAUUGCCAGUGAAAAAGCCACUGAGUACAGCCAGAACAUCUCCGAAAAGAUCCGUGAUGGGAAACUGAUGGACGAAAUAUCAUCCCAGGCUUCUGUCAUUGGCGCAAGGUCACUGGAUGGAAUUUCUAACACUAUCUCUGCUCUGGCUGGAGUGGAGAUGGGGGAAGAGGAACAGCAGACCGAGGUGAGCGAGGUAUCACGUCGAGGAUGGAAUGAAGCAUCUCGGGCUUGGGGCAGUGGUGGUGCAGGGAUGGGAAGCCUUACAGGGAGUUCUGGAGGACCUCAUGAGCGCUCCUCUCUCCUGCUGGGCCCUGGUGAUGGUUACCAACGACUAGACAACAACAGUGGAACCAGUGUGAACACCUCUGACCCUGACAGCAGCAGUGGUGAUGGCCGUGGUGAUGAUGAAAAAGCAGAGGGUGAAAGUUGCAGUGUGGAGGCAAAUGAUGGCUGGGGUGAUGACACAUGGACCAGCGAUUGGGGCAACAACAGCCAGCCAAACUCACCUGGACAGACCAAACUGAACUCAACAGAGACCUCUCCUAAUUCUCGGGUUUCCAAGAAGAAUGCCAACAAUGCUACAAAGAAGAAUAGAAGCUCAACCAAAAAGGAAGGGAAGGCUGAACAAGAGUUGUUGGUGGAUGUGGGGAGUGGUGGUGGUGUUGGCGGCAAGGGGCACACCUGGGACAACUGGGAUGAUGACUGGGAGAAAGUUGAUGCCCAGUGACCUUCCAAUAAACACCUGCCAUGUGCAGAUGAGGAUGUUGAAUGAAAUGAGAACAUUUUAAAGUAGAUUCUAAAGUGAUGAGUGAGUUUCUUGAACUUUUACUAGAUACAGUCUUUUGAAUGAAUUGCAAAAUUCAUUUAGAAUAUAUAUUAUUUUUUUAUAUUCAUGGAGAGGAAAGAAUCUAGUAUUAAUGGUAUUUAUAUGAAAGGAAGAAACCAUUAUUUAAUAAUAGCUGAUUUGAUAUAGUGAAACCUUUCAGCAGGAAAGAAGUGUUUUGAUCAUUACCAGAUAAUUGGAUCUAGCAAAUCUUCAUUGAAAACAAUGACACCAGUUUUAUGACUAAUCAUGAUCAAAAGACUGUUGUAGUAUUUGUGUCCUCCUGUGAUGUGUGGUGGUGGAGGGGCAGCCUAACAGAGUGAGCAGCAGUGUGUGGGUGUCCCAGAUGAAGAAUGUAUAUUGCACAUAGUAAUAUUUUUGUUAUUAAGACAUUGUUUGUAGAUUUUUUAAAUGGAUCAUAAAAUUUAUGGGUAUGCGGUGCAAUUUCGUAUGAUAAGUUGUAGCAAAACAAAAAACCUAUUUAAUAUAUAUGAAAAAGCUAUUGAAAAAUAUGUUGUAUAUCCUAUUUGUGAUUAUAAAUGAGCCAGCAAAUAUAAGUUACAGCCAGUAGUUUUUUUUAAGAUUAACUUAAUUUUAUUUCUUUCUAAGAAACUAUAAAAUACAGUACCCAUGUUGAAUCAGAUGUUUAAAAAAAUGUAUUUACUCAUUUAUUUUUACUUCAUUGUUGAUUUUCAUUCUUAUUUAGAUAUCUGUGGAAUUUGUUAAUGAGUAAAGGUUGUGUGAAAUGAUAAAAAUGCAGAUAAAACUGUCAGUAGCACUGUCUAUAUAUUUCUAUAUAUUUUGCUUCUAUUUCCAUCCCCCAGUGCUCUUUUGACAAGCAGUCUUCAUGUGAGCCAAAGGGUUUUCAAAACAACUAUGACCUGCAUAGUAAUGGAAUCACAGGCAAUGUAGGAAGCACCAUGACAUCAUAACAAUCAUCAGCUCUUAGCACCUAGCCCCAUCAAUGGUAUAUACAGUAACUAUUUUUAUACUCAACACCAGAAGAUUUGCAAUUGUAUCCUCCUGUUACUCUGCCAGGUUUAUCAAGACUCACUUCUGUUAAGCUCUACAGUCAUUUGUUCUCAAGGAUUGUUUCAUCAAUUUCUUUCACUUAAACAAAUAGGAAGACAGAAUGAGACAGGAUUCAGCACAUUUUUAUGCGCAAGAAAAGAUAGGAGGCAUAGGUGUCAUAAGGACUGCUCUGCUAUAGCAAGUGAGCCUCACCAAGGUUGUUGGUCUCGUCAUGUAGUGUGUGUGUGUGUGUGUGUGUUUGUGUGUGUGUGUGUGUGUGUGUGUGUGUGUGUGUGUGUGUGUGUGUGUGUGUGUGUGUGUGUUUUCCCUUCACUUUUUUAAAGUUACUUUCCCAACAGAAAAGUGAAUUCAUUCCACUUUUGUAAAGUAUUUUGUUUAGGUAGAAAUUAAUAACCAUUUAGGCAGAGGAGUUAUCAUAUAUAUAUAUAUAUAUAUAUAUAUAUAUAUAUAUAUAUAUAUAUAUAUAUAUAUAUAUAUAUAUAUAUAUAUAUAUAUAUAUAUAUAUAUAUAUAUAUAUAUAUAUAUCUAUAUAUAUAUAUUUCUCUCUCUCUCUCUCUCUCUCUCUCUCUCUCUCUCUCUCUCUCUCUCUCUCUCUCUCUCUCUCUCUCUCUCUCUCUCUCUCUCUCUCUCUCUCUCUCUCUCUCUCAUAAUCUGAGUCAUGUUUUUUGUUUCAUGUGUACAUAGGAGUGGCAUGUUAAUGAACUAGGAUUGUAUGUAUGUGUGUGUGUAUGUGGGUGUGUGUUGAUGUACAGGAAAGAGGUGUGCAUGCAUGCAUGCAUGUUCACACAAGCAUAUAUGUGCUCACCUGUGUAAGUGUGUAUAUGUGUACAAGUUUCUAAAAUGUAUUGCAAGAUUCCCAGAGUAACAAGAAGUGUUCCUUUUUUUUCUUUCUAGCUUGGUUAAUCUGUUUUAAUGCUUCAAGUAGAUAACUUGUUGAGUCCAUCCUUUUUAUUCUUUGCCACCUCAUAAUAAUCUAUGGGUGUGGCAAUAAUUACACAUGUUGGGAACAGUUGGGACUUCAUAGUCUGAGCAACUACUGGUGCCAAGCAGACAUCACCUGUGAUGAAAUCCAGUUUAUAAAUGUUGCUCAGCAUUUUUAAGGUCCUCUGGCAAGUGUAUUCCAUGAUUUCAGGUAUUAGCUGGUGUGAUGAUCAUCAUUUCUGGACUUGUGAUUAACUCUCACUGAAGUCUAGUCAGUUCUAAAACAUCAGCAGUUGUUGAUCGAAUCCUGGCUUAAAAUUCAGUGAAUCCUCCUGUAACAGUGAUAAUUCUAUACUUAGAAAUAAAUGAGUUUCCAAAGUAUGUAUCAGAGACUUGAUCCGUUCCAUUCCUCACAAGAUGAGAUAAUAACCUAAGAGUAUUUUAUUGCUGUAAAGGAGUAUGCUUUCAUUUUGAUAAUGUAAAGUACUAUUCUGAUUUUAGAGCAGUUAUCCUACGCAAAAGAUUGUUACUUGGAGAAGCUCAGUUAUGAAGUUGGUGGUGGAGAAAAAACAUUUUAGCUUGAGAGCCUUUGAGUAAAGCUUCUAGGGAUUCUAAUGCAGUGUGGGCCAGAUUUUAGAACUGCUGUUCUGUUUACUAAUGACAUUUAGAAAUUGGAUGAUGUCUUCAAACUUGGAGUUGAGGAACUGUAAUUAAAGUGUGUUCAAAGAUGCAUAACUCUCAUUGAUGUGGGAGUUUAAGUGAGAAAUAUGAAAAAUAUUUUGAUAUCAUUUAGAGGAUCAAUUGUAUUAACAGAAUAGUAGACAGUAAUCAUAUUUCUCAUAAACACUUGUUGACCAAAAAACAGCACAUUGAAAUAUCAAAUUUGUGUACCCAACUGAGAAGGGCUUAUUGAAAAUGACACCUGUGUCUUUGCCUUCAUGAUCAUCAUACAAAAGUAUUGAUUGAAGAAAAAUGAGGUGCUCUGGCAGUGACCCUUUUAUUCUUGAACCCUUUGUCUACUUUUUGAGGUACAAGAGUAAACCCAAUAUUUAUGUUAAAUGAACUGCUAAGGAGCUGCUAUAGCAGCAAUAGUUAUGUUCAUAUAUGACAGCACAAAGAUUUGCAGACAACUUGCUAUAUAACAGGUAAUGUGUCUUGUGUCUGUGCAGUGAAGCUCCACUCCAGCUCCUAUACUUGCCUUUUCAGAAGCAUGGAGUGAGUGUUGCUCAUCAUGUUCUGGCCUUGUCUGAUGAUGCUGUAACUUAUAGAUACAUAUUAUUCUGUUUCUUGCAAACAUCAGUUUCCUGACAAGUCAUUUGUCCACUAUGUUCUCUUCAUUUCAAAGUAGCUACGUUUUAGCAUAACUUGUUCAGGCAGGACUAUAAGAUAUAUUUUUGCUUGAAUUAUCAGCAUAUGUAUGUAUUGUACUAUACAUAUUUAUUUAAAGUAUUUUGUAAUGACAUAAUCAUGCUAUUUCUUAUGAGCUAGAUUACUCAUGUCCUUUAUUGUCAUUAGUAAAACCAUAAUGGUGA